CCCCCCCCCCUGCCAGGCCCUCCUGAUAGAUACCCGCACUGCGACAUGUCCCUCUUCGCCUUCCGCCUCUCUUCGCCGGCGGCGUCCGCCCCCGCCACCCCUCCCGGCCCGACGGCCGGCAACAAUGCCAUCCGCUCGCAGUUCAAGUCCGGCUCGGUGCCGCUCCCCCCCACCUCGACUCCCUUGGACAAGAUGGCGCACCCGCUGUCCGCCGCUGACGGCAGCCCCGGCAUGUAUGACUACCGCAUGGAGGAGGCCCGGCGCACGGUGAACGCCCGGCUGGGCGCCGCCUCGGCGGAGGCCGCCGCCGGUGCCAAUGCUGGCGCCGCUGCCGGUGCCCCUGCCGAGGGGGCCGCCCCGCGGCCCGGGCGCUAUGCCUACAUGGGGCCCGGCUCGGAGGAGGCCCUCCAGUCCGAGGUCCUCAAGGAGAUGAAGAGCUCCGCCCGUGCCCGUGGCUACAGCAUGUCCCCGGAGAUGGUGGCCGCGCGCCGGCCGUUCCUCAUGCGCAACACCAUCCUCGGUGCUGCCCUCGGCCUUGGCGUUGUGGCUGUCUAUGGCUACUCCAUCUACAGCAUCAAGCAGGAUGACUUCUCGGACUUCGACUCCGAGUGAGGGCUCUCCGUGCACCGCACGCGCGCGCGCGCAUGGGACCCUGCCUGCUGCCUCUCCUGGUGCCUUUCCCCCCCGUCCCGUAUCCCAUGUAGCCUGGCGGGGUCCUCUAGAUUGCCUCCUCCAAAGUCCCAUCAUACACAGAAUGGCACCGGGUGGUGCUGCCCCCCCUGUGGCCAUCCUUUCUGCGGGAAAGGCAGGUGCAGGGCGGCAGCAGAGAAGCACAAGCAACAGCAUCAGCCAGGGGGGAGGGGGGGGGGGGGGCA